AAAAAAUUUAUUUAUUAUCAAUUUUAUUGAUGAGAAUAUGAAUAAAAGUAUGUUGAAAUAUUCUUUUUCAAUAUCUUCAUUAAAUUCCAAAUAAAAUGUAACAUUAAGGUGUAUCUAAAGGUCAAGAUAUGUAGAAAAUUAUCAUAAAAUCUGCAUAAAAUUCAAACACUCUUGAUACCAAGUUAGUUUGAAGAUCAUAUGCUGGUAAAAACAUGUAAUAUCAUUUACAUUUACAUAGCUGACAUGAGAUAGUGAGAGAAAUGAUUGAAUAUAUAUACAUGAUUGCCUGACCAAUUGAACUCUAUUCUGUAAUGUUAUCAGUGUUGUUGACUUUUUGAUAGUGGAGACAGAAGUUCUUAACAGUCAGAUGAGUUACUUUAAAGUGGCCGUGAAUCAACGAAAAAUUAAUUUUUUUACAUUUUUAAACUGACAAAAAUGACAAUAGCAACGAGAUUCAUAACAUUAUUGGGCAAAAAUACUAGAUUGUUUUCAAUGAGUUCUAAACAACGUGGGAAGGUAGUUCCUUUUAAUUUAUCAGAUAUUGGCGAAGGUAUAAAAGAAGUCACUGUUAAAGAAUGGUUUGUCAAGCCAGGUGAUAAAGUUGCACAAUUUGACAAUAUUUGUGAAGUCCAAAGUGACAAAGCAUCUGUUACAAUCACAAGUCGAUAUGAUGGGCAUAUAAAAAAUUUGUAUUAUCAAAUUGAUGAUACUGCUUUGGUGGGGAAACCUUUAUUAGACAUUGAAUUACAAGAUGAGGACUCUACAACCACAGCUAACUCAGAAGCAGUUGAUGGAGAUGAAGAAACAGCAAGGAAAGUUUCAACAAGCUUUCAUCAGUCAUCAGAAAAUAAACGGUCUAAAGUACUUACCACUCCAGCAGUCAGAAGGUUAGCUAUGGAAAAUAACAUCGAUCUCACUACUGUUCCAUCAACUGGAAAAGAUGGAAGAAUUCUAAAAGAAGAUGUUCUAAAUUUUUUGAAUAAAGACAAACCAGAUGUAGGCAACAUUAGGACUGACUCUAAGCCAUAUGAUGUUACAAAAUCUACAAGUAGUCAAGAAGAAAUUAUUCCUCUGCAAGGAUACCAAAAACAUAUGUGGAAGACAAUGACGCAAUCCCUGCGCAUACCACAUUUCGUUUACAGUGAUGAGUGUGAUGUAACAAAACUCAUUGAAUUUAGAAGUAAAGGCAAAGAAUUUUUAACACACUCUGGAAUACCACUUUCUUUCUUGCCAUUUUUCAUCAAAGCUACUUCAAAAGCUUUAGAAAAAUAUCCUAGAUUGAAUGCAUUGCUUGAUGAAGAGUCUCAAACUUUAAAGAUCAUCAAGAGUCAUAAUAUAAGUUUAGCUAUGGAUACUCCUCAAGGUCUGAUUGUACCUAAUAUUAAAAAUAUUCAAAAUUUAAGUAUCACUGAAAUUGCGAAGGAACUUCACAGACUACAAAAGUUGGGGGAAAAACCAUCAUUUGCACCAUCAGAUCUCGCUGAAGGGACCAUUGCACUUUCAAAUAUUGGAUCUAUUGGAGGAACGUAUGCAAAACCAGUCAUUCUUUCACCACAAAUUUUAAUUGGAGCUAUUGGAAAGAUUCAAAAAUUACCACGAUUUGAUGGUAAGGGAGAGAUAGUUGGUGCUAGUGUAGUCAACGUGAGUUGGGCAGCCGAUCAUAGAGUAGUUGAUGGAGCAACUGUUGCAAGGUUCUCCAAUACUUGGAAACAUUAUAUAGAAAAUCCUAUUCAUCUUCUUCUUUGAUUGAUACCAUGUACCUUUCUUCAAAUUAUUAUAAAAGACUAUUUUACGUAAAAACUUUUGUAACAAAAAAUUUACAAUUUUAUUAUUAUUUUUAUCGAGUUCUGCCAUUUCAAAUCUGCACGAUCUGGGGAAUUCACUGAAAUAUAUAUUGGUGUCAAAUAAUGUGAUAAAAAGGAGUGAGUCCUUCUUCAUCAGCUGCAUCCAGUUCUUCAGGCUUUGGUAUAAAAAUUUCUUAAAAUUACUUUCUCUAUCUUUAAAUACAAAUUCUUUUCGUGUUUAAUGAUUUAAUUAUUUUUAUUCAGCAUAAUUUCAGAAAGAUUAAAAAACAAAAAUUCAUCACAGUUUAAUUUUUUUACUUCACCGACAUGGUAAUUUUAGUGAAUUUUCGCUUUCUAUACAUUUUUUUUGUACAAUCCUUAAUUGUAAUUCUUGUUACACAUCUAUUUUUUAUCUUGCAACAAUACUGAUAAUAAUAAUUUAUAAACAAUUCAAGGAGAAAACUCAACAAUCCAAGGUUUAUGCCAAUAAUUAAUAUUAUAAAAGCAAAUUGGAGAUCAUUUAAAUUAAUUUUUCGAAAAUUACUUUGAAAAAAUAUCAUUCUUUUGUGUAACGCUAAUAUUUUCUUACUUCUUCUUUUAUUUUUUGUAAUUCCAAUAAUUCUUGUUUCCACUAAAUACAUUAGUAUAAAAUUAAAUUUCUCUGUAAAAGGAAAUCGUGGACGAUAUAAUAAUGACAUUGGCAUUGACCCAAGGUGUUUAUUACCUAUAUAAUACUUAUCAAUAUUCUUAUUUUCCAAACUUAGGUUCUCAUCACUUACAUUAUCAUCUUUUUUACCUUGCCUUGUUAAAAAGAGUUGAAAAUUAGAUGCAAAACCAAUACAUACUGAACUCGGAUCGUUCUCGACAUUGCGAAUACAAUCAACUAUAGAAAACGUGCGAAUUGAUUUACGAUUAAAUAUACCUUGAUUAUUACUAUCGGAAUAAUGGAAUCCAAAAUUGUAUAUCUGUUUAAUCCGUGAGUCAAAUAAAGCAUUUUCAACAGAAUCAA